AUGCUGCGCGCGGUGUCUCGCGCUGUGGGCCGCGCCGCGGUUCGCUGCGCUCGUGGCCGCGGGUCCCCGCAGGCCCGCCGCGCCGGUGCCGCCGCCGCCAUGUCCCGGCCGCCGCCGCGGCCCGCCUCGGGCUCCCCGGCCCGGCCGGCCACCGUGCUGGGCACUAUGGAGAUGGGGCGCCGCAUGGACGCGCCCGCCAGCGCCGCGGCCGUGCGCGCCUUCCUGGAGCGCGGCCACACGGAGCUGGACACGGCCUUCAUGUACAGCGACGGCCAGUCCGAGAGCAUCCUGGGCGGCCUGGGGCUCGGCCUGGGCGGCGGCGACUGCAAAGUGAAAAUCGCCACUAAGGCCAAUCCCUGGGAUGGGAAGUCCCUGAAGCCGGACAGCCUCCGGUCGCAGCUGGAGACAUCACUGAAGCGGCUGCAGUGCUCCCAGGUGGACCUGUUCUACCUGCACGCGCCUGACCACGGCACGCCCGUGGAAGAAACGCUGCGCGCCUGCCACCAGCUGCACCAGGAGGGCAAGUUUGUGGAGCUUGGCCUCUCCAACUACGCAGCCUGGGAGGUGGCUGAGAUCUGUACCCUCUGCAAGAGCAACGGCUGGAUCCUCCCCACCGUGUACCAGGGCAUGUACAACGCCACCACCAGGCAGGUGGAAACGGAGCUCUUCCCCUGCCUCAGGCACUUCGGCCUGAGAUUCUACGCCUACAACCCUUUGGCAGGGGGCCUGCUGACCGGCAAGUACAAGUAUGAGGACAAGGACGGGAAACAGCCUGUCGGCCGCUUCUUUGGGAAUACCUGGUCUGAGAUCUACAGGGACCGCUUCUGGAAGGAGCACCACUUCAAGGCCAUUGCCCUGGUGGAGAAGGCCCUGCAGGCUGCAUAUGGCACCAGUGCCCCCAGCAUGACUUCAGCUGCCUUGCAAUGGAUGUACCACCACUCACAGCUCCAGGGCUCCCACAGGGAUGCUGUCAUCCUGGGCAUGUCCAGCCUGGAGCAGCUGGAGCAGAACCUGGCAGCGACCGAGGAAGGGCCCCUGGAGCCAGCCGUUGUGCAGGCCUUUGAUCAGGCCUGGCACCUGGUUGCCCAUGAAUGUCCCAACUACUUCCGUUAG